AUGGCUGCCCGCCCUUAUACUUACUUCGAUAUCAGCAUCGGUGACCAGCCGGUUGGCCGCAUAGUCUUCUCCCUCUAUAGUGACAUCGUUCCGAAUACGGCUGAGAAUUUCCGCGCGCUCUCCACGGGAGAGAAAGGAUUUGGAUUCGCCGGAUCAUUCUUCCAUCGCGUGAUUCCUGAGUUUAUGGCUCAGGGCGGCGAUUUUACCAGGGGCAAUGGGACCGGUGGAAAAUCGAUCUUCGCUGGUGGACAGUUCAAGGACGAGAACUUCAUUGCGAAACACACCAAGCGUGGCCUUCUGUCCAUGGCAAACGCUGGACCAAACACCAAUGGAUCGCAGUUCUUCAUUACUUUCGUCGCGACCUCGUUCCUUGACAAAAAGCACGUCGUAUUUGGAGAAGUUGUCGAAGGCUGGGGUGUCCUGGACCUCAUCGAGAAAAACAAGACCGACAAGAACGAUAAGCCCCUUAAGGCUGUGAGGAUCGAUGCCUCCGGACAGUUGUGAGCGAUUCAUAGCGCUCAGGGCUGGCUCUGCCGUGACCAGAUAUUGGAAGAUGCUGUGAAACCCAAACGAAACUUAACGGACUCGUUGUAACACCACCCGAAAGUGAAAUGAAAAUUCGCAUGUAUGCCUUGUUGCGCUAUGACAUUUUCGGGGUCACAGCAGGAUAUCCUGACAUACUGGUAUUUCGUGAGAUAGGAUGGGAACACAAAUCGUCUUGUUCCGACUGUAAUCUUAUUUGCUUAUUAGUAUGUAUUUGCUGCCAGACCUUGCGCUUACCUAGGCAGGUCAUCUAAGGUCGCUUACCCAGCUCGAGAUGACAAAACGAAGCAACUGAUUUCUCACAG